AUGUUACGACGCCCGUCGAGGUCCGCAUUGGGGCCUCUGCGCUUCCAUUCACUCUCAUGCAGAAGAUCGUUGCCGCCAUGGCACCGCGCCUUCCCCCGAUUGCAAAGCACCUCCAGUGCCGACCAUGAGCCGGCCCAUGACCCCGAGACACAGGACGAUCACGCACCAGAUCGCCGAAGCAGAUUUACGAGCAGGAAUUCGGGCGAAAAGUUUGAGCUGGAAGUGGAUUCACUUGGGAAACCUGGAGAAAUCAUCGUCGUGCCACAUUCGCCUCGCCGCCGAAUCCCGCAGCCCAAAUCGCAGGUUAGCACCCUGGAAACGGCUGAGGAAGAUACACAGAAAUCCACUCUGUUAUCGAUGCUGGAUGACUUGGAAAGUGAACAACUUAUCCCGAGUGAAAGUUCAGUCAAGGAGCGAAUCGAGCACUGCCGCCGAUCAUACCAACCCAAGGAGAGAUUGUCGGCCACUGAAUGGGAAAACAUACGGUUCGAUUUGGAAUUUUCAUUCACAUAUCGACAGCUAGUAGACUAUAUCGAGAACUACAUGGGGGAUGCCUCCAUAUUGGAACCCGGAGCGUGGAAACCGGGGCUCUCUACCUUGGUUGAUGCGAAUGCGCUGUCAAAGGAGCGUAUUACCGAACGGAGUGCAGCAGAUCAGGUCUCUGGCGACAUAACGGGACGAAUCUCGAAGACGAAGUACUCGAAGUCCUUGAGGGGAAAAGCCCUCCUGGCCGAAAGAAUCCUCCGGGACUGCUGGCACAUGUCUGUCACUGAUGAGAUUGGCCAGCUGGAAUUUCAGAUGCCAUCUCAAUUCAUAUCUCUACUCCUUCAUGCGGGACAAUUCUCCCUUGCCGAGGUGGCAAAUUUACAUGACGUCCGCAUUGACACCACGCAUUCCUUGGGAUUAGUGAAAGUCACUGGCAAGCAGGUGAAUUGCGAGCCUGUCCGCGACAUCAUUCUCGAUGCCGCCAGCAGGAUUCAAAAAGAGGACGUUGGAUUGGGCCCGCAUGCCCACAAAUCUGGCAGCGGCCAGCCAUUCACCCCCUACUUUUUGGAAUGGGUCAACAAAACAUACGGGGUAGUCAUUCAGCAUGAAGCAUCUGGGACCCCGAAGAAGAUUCUUUACCUUGCUGAAAACAAAUCGGGGGCGGACGAUGCCCGAAGAACACUGAAUCUGGCUAUUUACGAGACUGCGUUUACCCCGAUCCCAUUCUCAACCUACGUUCCCGCAUCGCAGCCGGCUAGCACAUACAACUUCAGUUUGGAGGCCAAUGCCUCAUGGUACCGUCGACAGAAGCCAUGGUUCCGAUGGGCUAUGUCCUCGGCGCAAUCUGCAGAAGCCGAGGAAAUUGAGACACCCCUCUUUGAAAACCACCAAACACGACUGUCCGACCAACUAUUGAAGCUUCUCCGGGAUGUUCCGACUGCAAAACCCAUUCCACAAGAGGGUGCCAACAUCCAUGAAUCAGUGACGGCUGCGGUUGGGAGAUGUCUUUUUAUGCAAAAGUCUUCUUUCGAAGAAAUGACUCUGAGUGCUUCGCAACUGGGCAAAAUGAUCCUUCCUAGGGCCUUCACGACUGACAUACCUCGAAUGUCCGUCUUCAUUGACUCGCUGUCACCCACUUCCCCCAGAGAUAAAUUACAGUCACAUCACAUUCGAUUGACCCCACCGGCUAUACAUGCUGGUGUCUUUCCAGAGCUUGACAUUGAGGUUACUGUGAACCCCACACGCAAUGCCAGUCGCUUGGGUAAUGGUGUGGAAGUGCGAAGUGUAAAGGCCAUCCUUACGACAAAUAGCGUCGACUAUCUGCUCCCGGAAAAUGGCCUGGACCUGCGGUUUACUCGCACGGUAUCCCGAGAGCUUCUGGACACAUCGUCCGAAUCACCAAGUCAUCAUGAAAUGGUACAAAGCAUCAAGCAAUCUCUGCGUGAUCUGUUUGCUCACGGUCAUCGCGGUCCCGUGCCUGUGCCGGCAUUCUGUCAAGUCUCCCUUCCAACUGAUAUCUUCGCAUCUCCGGACUCCGCAAACCACAAUGCUUCCAUGACUAAGAAAGACACUUCUGACGAGUCGCUGGAAAGCACAGAGCCUGAAACUAAUACUACUGUCGAGUACAUGUUACCUCCGCUGAGGGAUAUCCGGGCAACUACUAGCCAGCAAUACGACUUUGAUGGCAGGCCUCUCAACUAUCGCUUCUACGAAAGUGGACCUUUCUUGGCUGCCCAUACAACAGAGGUAUCUUUGGGCAUGGGAAUCCCCCGCGACGAGCCAGUUCUGGAAAAUGACUCGUCCCCGGGGCCCCUUGACCAGGAGUUCCAUUCGUUCUACACUGACGCCUGUGACCUGGCGUUCCAAAUCCACAGAACAAGAGCUGAGAAUUAA